CUGCUCACGAAACCUGUUCGAUUAGCACAUUCCCACCUGUAAGAGCUGUUAACUUUACCAGCAACUACCACAAGUACAACUAAUCAGGAUUCACGGCGUGAAUGUUGAUUUGUUUAUACUCAAGCUAGUUUACUUAAAAUAAUGGCGAUCACUUGAUUUGCUUUAGUUUCUUUUCAUUUUAGCCAUCUAGCUAACGUUAGUGAACAAACAGCUAACGAGCUGUGAAAGUAACCUUGGGUAACUUAGCUAACGUUGACAAACUAAACUAAAAUCUGAAAACGAUACUGAAGUCUGGUAGCUAUCUUAUCAACUAGCUAACUUGCUAGACCAGAGUCAAGAAUUGCUAGCAGGAUUCAAAUAGAACAAAGUUUUGCUUUUCAAAUCAAGACAUGUUCAUUGUGAGGUGCGAACGUCCGCUGCUUUAAUAAACUUCCGUCGAACAGAUUUUGCCUUAAUUCACCGUGUUGGAGGGACAAUGUAUGAGAAUGUCCCUGCAGUCUCGGCGCUGGAGCGGCAGCAGGUUCUGCAGGCUCUGGAGAGGCUCCAGGCCAAGCUGCUGCAGCGGGAGGAGCACACGCACAGUGAGAGGCUGGGAGCCCUGAGGGACGCCCUGCACAGCCCCCUCCUCAGCCACAUCCUCACCCUGCAGCACUCCAUCAAGCAGCUGCGUGACCAGCUGAACUCCGUGCCCCCGGGGACCAGCAGCGACUUCGGCUUCUCCCGGAAGGGCCAGCUGAUCUUCAGCGCCAGCCAGCCCUCCAGCCGGCCCGCCAGCAGCACGCUCGGGCCCGGCUCCGGCUCGCUGGUGUCCAACGGCACCGGCUUCUCCUCCGUCAGUAUCUUCUCCUCCGAGCAGCAGCAGCGCUGGAUCCAGGCCGCGGCCAAGGGGCGGCAGACGGAGCGCAUCACCCUGCCCAAGCCCGUGUCUGGGGGGCUGGGCUUCAGCGUGGUGGGGCUCAGGCCGGAGGGCGUGGGGGCGCACGGGGUGUUCGUCAGGCAGGUGCAGCCUGGGAGCAUCGCCGACAGGGACGGGCGGUUGAAGGAGAACGAUCAGAUCCUGGUCAUCAACGGCACGCCAUUGGACCAGAGCGUCACCCAAUCACAGGCCCUGGCUCAGCUGCAGCAGGCAGAGGAUAGGGUGGAGCUGGUGGUGGCUCGGGCUGGCCCCGCCCCCCAGCUCUCAGCCCCGCCCGGCCCCUAUCACACGGAGCAGUGGGGGCGCGUGGAGGAGAUCGAGCUGGUCAAUGACGGGUCCGGUCUGGGGUUCGGCAUCGUGGGGGGCAGGGCCACCGGGGUGGUGGUCCGCACCCUGGUACCGGGCAGCGUGGCCGACAGGGACGGUCGGCUACGGACCGGAGACCACAUCCUGUGCAUCGGCGACACCCCCACGCAGGGAUUGGCCAGCGAUCAGGUGGUGCGCGUGCUGCAGGGGUGUGGCAGCCGCGUGCGCAUGCUGGUGGCCCGGGACCCGCUGGGGGACCCCCAGCCCGCCCCGGCCCCCCCGCCGGCCCCCGCCUCCGGCCCCGUCUCCGUCCUGCCCCACCUGGCCCCCGUCUCCGCCCUGACCCCCCCGCCGGCCCCCCCUGCGACCGGGCCCGUCGCCUCCCUGCCCUCCCUCCCCCCGGUACCGCCCCGCCGGGCCGGCACGACCAGGGCGCUGGUGGUCAUGGAGCAUAUACGGAAGUGUGUUGGAGAGUGA